AUGACACAAUUGAGUCAAUCCAACGUGGAACGGGUUGCCCUUGUAUACAUUUCAGUUUACUUCUUUUCAUGUAUUUCCUUAAUAGUUUAUUUUUUCACUUUCUGCCUAUCCGUUUCAAUUCCGAAGAACCGUCAACAUCCAAUAAAGAUCAUCUACAACAAUAAGUGCCCCUCAUAA